UGACUGCAAAGAAUUGUGUGAUCAGAAGCCAGGAGAACUGUAGCAGUGAAGUCAUUGCACUGCCCUGUGUUGUGACAUCACUAUGGCUCAAAGGAAACAAGGGUGGGGCAGGGAAAACCAGACUGUCUGAACCAUCUUGAUAGAUUCAACUUUGUCUGCUAAAUGAAUGAGACUAUCCAUACUUCAAGUUGAACUGCACCAUAAGAACCAUCAAUCAUGACUACAGAAUCUGGAUCUGACUCUGAAUCAAAGCAGGACCAAGAGCCAGAGCACGAAGAAGCCUCUGGACAGCAGGGACAAGCUGGGGCUCAACAGCAGCCAGCAGAGCAGCCGCUCAGGGAGGAACAACAGCAGGCAUUGGAGCAGUUCUCUGCAGCAGCAGCACAUAGCACCCCAGUGAAAAAAGAGGUCACUGACAAGGAAGAGGAAUUGGCUGCUACAGCUUCAAGACAGCUUGAGUAUCAGCAGUUUGAAGACGAUAAACUUUCUCAGAAAUCCUCUUGCAGCAAACUCUCUCGAUCUCCUUUGAAAAUUGUUAAGAAGCCUAAAAAUAUGCAGUGCAAAGUGAUACUUUUAGAUGGGACAGAAUAUCUCUGUGAUGUUGAAAAACGUUCCAGAGGCCAAGUGCUAUUCGAUAAAGUAUGUGAACAUCUGAACCUGUUAGAAAAAGACUACUUUGGUUUAACAUAUCGGGACACUGAAAACCAAAAGAACUGGCUUGACCCUGCUAAGGAAAUUAAAAAACAGAUUCGAAGUGGUGCUUGGCAGUUUUCAUUUAAUGUGAAAUUCUACCCGCCAGACCCUGCCCAACUAUCUGAAGAUAUCACCAGAUACUACCUCUGUUUGCAGCUGAGAGAUGAUAUAGUAUCAGGAAGGUUGCCAUGUUCUUUUGUUACACUUGCCCUCUUGGGAUCCUAUACUGUCCAGUCUGAGCUUGGCGACUAUGACCCAGAUGAAUGUGGAAGUGAUUAUGUUAGUGAAUUCCGUUUUGCACCAAACCACACAAAAGAACUGGAAGAUAAAGUGAUUGAGCUACACAAGAGCCACAGGGGAAUGACACCAGCAGAAGCAGAAAUGCAUUUCUUAGAGAAUGCCAAAAAAUUAUCAAUGUAUGGAGUUGAUCUACAUCAUGCCAAGGACUCAGAAGGAGUAGAAAUUAUGUUAGGAGUUUGUGCAAGUGGUCUUUUGAUAUAUCGAGACAGACUCCGAAUUAACAGAUUUGCCUGGCCAAAAGUUCUGAAAAUUUCUUACAAAAGGAACAAUUUUUACAUAAAAAUCAGACCAGGGGAGUUUGAACAAUUUGAAAGCACCAUUGGGUUUAAGUUGCCAAACCAUCGGGCUGCGAAGCGUUUAUGGAAAGUGUGUGUUGAACACCACACAUUUUUCAGGCUCCUAUUACCAGAAGCACCACCAAAAAAAUUCCUUACCUUGGGAUCCAAAUUCCGCUAUAGUGGCAGAACACAAGCCCAAACAAGGAGAGCUAGUGCACUGAUAGACCGACCGGCACCUUAUUUUGAGCGCUCUUCCAGCAAACGGUACACAAUGUCCCGCAGCCUGGAUGGCGCAUCAGUGAAUGAAAACCAUGAAAUAUACAUGAAGGAUUCUAUGUCUGCUGCAGAGGUUGGUACUGGCCAGUACACCACAACAAAGGGCAUCUCUCAGACCAACUUGAUAACAACUGUGACGCCGGAGAAAAAGGCAGAAGAAGAGCAUGAUGAGGAAGAGGACAAGAGGAAAAAGACUGAAGAAGUCACUCCAGUCUCAGCAAUACGGCAUGAGGCAAAGACUGACAGUGAACAGACGGAUACUGCAGCUGAUGGUGAAACCACUGCCACUGAGUCGGAUCAGGAGGAAGAUGCAGACCUCAAGGCACAGGAGUUAGAUAAAAAUCAGGAAGAGCUGGUGAAACAUCAGACCAACAUUAGUGAGCUGAAAAGAACCUUUUUAGAGACCUCUACAGAAACUGCCGUGACUAAUGAAUGGGAAAAGAGACUUUCCACAUCUCCAGUGCGGCUUGCUAUGAGACAGGAAGAUGCCCCGAUGAUUGAACCACUUGUGCCUGAAGAGACCAAAGAAGAAAGAGAAAUAUCUGAAAAAGUUAUAUUUUUGCAGCAGGGAAGUUCUUCAUUCCUUGAGUCUCAGGAACUAAAGAAGCUGCAGGAAAGAGAUUCUGCCGGCACUAUGGUUUCUUCCCAUCAGAUCAUUUUGCAGAAAACUGUCCCAUCAACCCUAGAGACUAAGUCCACCGGUGAAAAAAUCUUGGAUGGCUCAGAUAUCUUCACUUUAAUAGACUCUGCAAGAAAACCCACAGAGUUCAUAGGAGGGGUUACUACUUCUUCACAAAACUGGGUUCAGCAGAGCACAGAAACCAAGACGGAGCCCAGUGAAAUACAGAAGGAAUCCACCGAGCAGCACCAGCAGCUUAGCUCAGAGAAGGUUGUUCAGCAAACGGUGGUGGUGGAGGAGAGACGUGUGAUGAAUGUGCAUGCAAGUGGGGAUGGUUCUAACCUGGCUGGAACUCAUUUGGAUGCUGGAGCUCAGGCAGUAUCUGCUGUGGCUUCUAAUGUUACCGGGAAGGCGGGUUCCGCUCUGAUUGAGGGGGCUAAAGAGGAGAAAAGGGAGGAGGAGGAGGAGGCGGCUGAUAAAGCUGUAAUCAAACAAGAAGAGAUUGCCACUGCUUCUCAUGAGCGAGAGGAGGAGGAGCAGACUGCAAGAUCCCUCAUUUCGGAAUCAUUGGAAUCAAAACCUCAGUUUGAGUCAUCAUCUGUGAAGACAGAAACCAUAAGUUUUGGCAGUGUCUCCCCAGGAGGAGUAAAGCUGGAAAUUGCAACCAAGGAAGUGCCAGUAGUUCAUACUGAAACAAAAACCAUAACAUAUGAAUCAUCACAGGUUGAUUCCAGUGCUGAUUCUGAACCAGGUGUAUUGAUGAGUGCACAAACAAUCACAUCAGAAACAACCAGUACUACAACCACCACACACAUCACCAAAACUGUGAAAGGAGGCAUUUCAGAGACAAGAAUUGAAAAGCGAAUAGUCAUCACGGGAGAUGCAGACAUUGACCAUGACCAGGCGCUGGCUCAGGCAAUUAAAGAGGCCAAAGAGCAGCACCCUGACAUGUCAGUGACCAAAGUAGUGGUACAUAAAGAGACAGAGAUCACACCAGAAGAUGGAGAGGACUGACCCCAGGUAAGAGGCAUAGACAAACAUCCUAGGCUCUGCCUAGGCUGGCAUGUGGCACAGGACACUUCCCUCUCAUUCUUCACCUUAAUGCACCUCUCUUUUCUUGUUUCUCUCACUGGCAUUUCAAAUGGUGGAUACCAAGACUAUGAAGGGUUUCACAUUCGGGGGUGCUGAUUUACUUCAGAUCAGUACAUUCUUUAUUUACUUUUUUCAGAAUCUGAGACCUAAUUCUUAUUGCCAGUUAAAGAAUCAAGAAGAGAACAGCUUUGGCUUGGGUGAUCUUGCUGGCCAUCUCUUGUUAUCUAUGCUUUCAUGCGCUCUUUUUAAUUACCAAAAUUUUAACUCUUUUUUAUUGUGCCAUCUAAAAAGAACAAAGACUAUUUUGUUCUGAAAGGUGCAAUUUGUAUGUUGUAAAUAACUAUGGAAAGAAAAUGGUCUCAUUUUUCUAGGACCAUUCCCUGAAAUGUAGACAGCAAAAUUACUUGACUAUAGACUUCCCUUCCAACUUGUUUUGGUUCUGGCUCAGGAUGCACUACUACUUCUGAAAGCCCAAGAGGCUUUUUUUAAACCCUUACCUUCCAUCUUAGAAUCAAUACUAUGUAUUGGUUCCAAGGCAGAAGAGUGGUAAGGGCUAGGCAAUGGGAGUUAAGUGACUUGCCCAGGGUCACACAUCUAGGAAGUGUCUUGAGACCAGAUUUGAACCUGGGACCUCCUGUCUCUAAGCCUGGCUCUCUAUCCAUUGAGUCAAGAGGUUUUUUGCAGUUUGGAUAUCUUCUGUCUCUUGUAUCUUUCAGAAUUGUUUUUGGGGGUGUGGGGGUGUGGGCGUGUGUGUGUGUGUGUGUGUGUGUGUGUGUGUGUGUGCGCUAGUAUGGCAUUAUGUCUCCAAGUGAGGCAGCAAUGCAGCCUUUUUGCAUCAUGUCUUCCUCAAAAAGGCAUGUCUCUCUACCUCUUCUUUGGUGAGCAUCAUAAUUAGACUCUAUCUUCUGUAUGUGCACAAAUUUGUCAUGCAUACUAACCCGCUAUGCAAGAGCCCUCAAUGCCUUGCUUUGAAUGCUGAAUGCAACACUUGAGCUGCUCGUGAAGUUUGUUUUAGAUAAUGGCCUCUUAACUUUAGAAAAACAUCUUACAAACCUAAGUAUAUAUUUAUGUUCUCUAGCAUUAUUAUAAGAAACAUAGUGUGAUGAGUGGCAUCUCUUUUAAAAAGUUAUUUUCCUGCUUCAGAAAAAAAAAGAAAUCUAAAGAUCACUAUAUUCAGACUACUAAUUAAUUUUGGACGAUGGAAACAGGCGUUGUGGAGUGAGUACAGCCACUUGUGUGGCAUUGUAUUAAUUCUUUAAGAGAAAGCAUAUCAUCAGCAGUUGCGUGUACUGGAAUGAUAUGGUUAUCUGUUGUCAGAGGAAGUGUUUAAUAACCUGAGAAACAUUUCUCUUGCCACCCCCAUUGGAGCAAAUCUCUCCAGUGACUUCAAAUAAAUAAUUAACUCAUCAAAUCUCUUUCCUGCAGGAAUAAUUUAGCUUGCAUAUGAAUCCAGUCAUGCACACCAUUAGGAACACCAGAGCCUAUAUGGAGUCCCCGUUCUAACCCGACUGACUGACUUGUAUCUGUCCAUGGAAAAUUUCAGUCCAGAAGAAUUGAUCUUGACUGUUAAUAAAGACACUGGCAGAGAGAUCUUCCCAUAAUAGAGCAAUCUGAUUCAGCAUCAGUAAACCGAUAUUGCAUGAAGCAACGAUAAAAUUGCAAAAGAGCAGCAUUUUUAAUUUUUACAAAAUGUCUAAGUUUUCAGCUAUACUGCACGUUCAUAACCAACAAUAUAAACAGUGAUUUCAUGUAACACAUAAACAAUUCAUGCCUUUCACAGUUUAUUAUUAAAGUCUAAACAAAAUUAUAAUUUGUUAGGUGGCAAAAACCUUUUAUGUUUACAAAUUAAAUGAAAAUUACCCUCAAAUGCUAGAAGCUGUAUAGGUACGUUGUAUAAUGUUUUAUCACACGUUAGAUGUGCCAAUAACACAGUUUAUUCAGUAAACAACUUGAAUCUUGUUCUUGUUUCAUCUGGUUUUAUUACUAUUCCCCUAUAAAAUGAUGAAUUCCUAAUCCUAUGGAAAUAUUUAAUGCUUACAAAAUGUGCUUUGUAUAUCUGAUUUAAUACCUUAUGGGGUAGUCAUGAUUUUAGUAUUUUGACUUGAUUUUCAUUCUCUUGUCUGCCUUGUUCUGCAUUAAAUCCAGAAAGCUUCCCGUUUGCCCUUAACAAGUCACAAAUCUAUAAAUUGUCAUUAUUUUGAGGAAACUUGUAUUUUCCUUAUAUUAUGAAAUUAUUACUCUGUAAUGACCCUAUUGUUUUUUUUUUAUUGACUUUCCCCUUGUUAUUUGAGGAAAAAAAGUGUUUUAUUUCAAAACCUGGUCAACAUUUAUAAUAAUCUAGUUCAGAGCCAAGCCUUAAACUGUACAGAACUUCCACUGUAAACUAUUGAGUGUUUAGUUAUAAAUAUCCAUUGAAGAGUUCUAUUCUCCAUCACACUGUCAACUGCAUCACAACACAUGGUGAAUGUAUGUUUCUGCAUAGUGAAAUAAAAGUGGUAAAUGCAUUCAAAA